GGGAGGCAGGGAUAGUUUGGGAUGUGCAAGAGCACUGGUCUACUGUGGUCUGCACUGGUCUGCUGGGGAGCAGAGCGAGGACUGCUUUUGAGCACAAUACUCAAGCACGGAGAGAAAAGAGGGGGAGAGUUGCAGCCAAGGAGACCAGAGAAAAACUCAAAUCCCCAACUCUGCAAAGAGGAGAACCAUACACAAAAGCAUUCUUGGCUUUCACUUUUAAGGAAGAAAACACAAAAGGCCCCAGGAGCCACACCGUUUUCUUCAAAUUUGGGCAGAAAGGCGUGACGGGACAGCAUCGCUCUGGUUUUCAUCACACUGCAUGAAUGAUAACUAGACGUGCGUCUACAAAGUAAAAGGAUGGGCGCUACCAUGAGGAUGGCGUGUUUGCUGCUGUCACUGAGUGUUUUAUGUCAAAAAGUGAGCUCAGACAAUGAGAGUGCUUCUUCCGUGGCCACCGAAACGUUGGAUGCUGCCGUCAUCCCAGUAGAGGAAGUCGUUCCAGCCACCCAAGUGCCAGCAGUUGACAUCGUACACGCAAACAGAACAGAUGUAGAAAUGGAGCCCAAUGAAACAGUAACACAGCCAAAUGACGGGCAGAAAACGUCUUUACCACCUGACUCUGUGGUCAUCGUUCCGACUGUCGCGAAGGCUACCACUGCCAAGGUAGGAGACGGCACCGAAGUAGCGGACACCGCUGAGGGAGAGGACAACCCUGGGGUUGCAAACGGUGCGGAGGGAGCAGACCCGGCCGAGGUAGCAGAUCCUGCUAAGGUAGCAGCCCCCCCUGAAGUUGCGGACGGUGACGCAGACGGCGCCAAAGUAGAAGACACCGCCACAGAGGCUGCCGAGGUAGCAGACACUGCCGCUGAUGCUGCAAAGGUUACAGAAGCUGCCAAGGUCACAGGUGUACCAGCUACUACUCAACCAUGUGCGCCACCCAACACAAAUGAUCCUCAUCUCCUUACUACGCUACCAAAUGUUGCCCAAACCACAAUCCUACCAAAUGGAACCUUCCAAGUGGCGGGGUCUUCCGACUCCACCACCACACAAAUGGCAGAAGCUCCUCCCCAGACAACAAUAACCUCAGCCACUGAUAAAGUUGUAUUGCUAGGCAAUGAGGGGACGACCAAAGCUACCUCCACGCCAAAUCAUCAACCAGUAACGCAUGGUGUCUUCAUUUCCAAGACCGACCUAGCAAAUACCAAAGAAGACGAAACCACUGCCACUAUCCCCAAGGCGACAGCAGCAGCAUCUAGGACCCCAGAGCCAGCCGAGAGGAUAGCAACCACCAUCCUGACCCCAACCACACCUACUAUUGUUGAGGCCUGGCCUGCUGAGGCCAACACAAAUCCCAAGACGUUUUCGUAUUCGUUGAACAGUGGACAAGAGAAGGAGGAAGAGAAAGAACUCAUGGAGGUGUGCAGGCGCCUGAUGGGGAACUUGAAAGACGGAAACUGCACGCUGACGUGGCGCCACCAUAAUGGCAAACUGAUCUUUGACUGCGUGGAGAUCAACGGCAAAGUUAAAACAGCUCUUGCUACUCAGUAUUAUGAAGAAAUAACCAAGAAACCAACAGAUAACAAAACGCUGAUUGCCAUCUUGGCGUCGUGUGGCGCCCUGUUGAUUAUGAUCGUCAUCCUGGCCGUGUGUGCAUCACACCACCGCAAGCCCUACAGUGAAAACCAGCAACACCUGACAGAGGAGCUUCACACGGUGGAGAACGGUUACCAUGACAACCCCACGCUGGAGGUGAUGGAGGUGCAGCCGGAGAUGCAGGAGAAGAAGGUGGCGCUAAACGGCGACUUCAACGACAGCUGGAUCGUCCCCAUCGACAACCUCCUCAAGGAGGACGUCCCCGACGAGGAGGACACACACCUGUAAGCAAGACGACGCCUGACACCCCAGCAGAUAUGGGACUAUGAUGUCGGCAGCUGUACUGAACUGCCAGUCGUGAACGUGAGGAUCAAAGAAAUAAUACAUCACUCAAUAGUGCCUUUGCAUAAGGUCUGCUAUACUGUACAUUCAUGCACCAUAUCUUUUUUGUAUUAAAAACAUGCAAAGUCAGCCUUUUAAUGACAUUUGCCAUGAGAUGAGAGACCCUGUGGACUACAAAGUGGGAUGGCUUAGUGGUCUCUUUAAGUGAACACUGUAAAUAUAUUUUUGCAUUAUUUUUGCUAAAGUUGGACAAGUCAUUUUUUGACACAAGCACAUUCUCAAAAUGUAUUCAAUGAUUCCCUUUAAACCAAUCAAAACAAUGUAUACAAUGGUGUGAAAAAGCGACCCGUCCCCCUUCCUGAGUUCUUAUUCGUUUUGCAUGUUUGUCAUACUGAAUAUUUCAGAUCAACAAACAAAAUGUAGAUUUUAAAUGGAAAAAAGGAGGGAAAAAAUUCCACACUUACAGUUCAAGUGACUGCCCCCUAAACCUAAUAACCGCCUGGGCCACCCUGAGCAGCAACAACUGCAAUCAAGAGUUUGCGAUAACUUGCAAAGAGUCUCUUACAUCACGUUUUUUUAAGUCUACUGGGCCGCGAAGCAACAAAACAGCCCCAGACCAUUACACUACCACCACAAUAUUUUACUGUUAUGUUCUUUUUCUGAAAUGUGGUGUUACCUUAAUGCCGGAUGGAAUGAUCCAAAAAAUGUAAGUUUUGUCUCAUCAUACCAUAAAGUAUUUUCCCAAAGGUCUUAGUGGAUCAUUAAGAUGAAUGUUUUUUUUGUUCAGCAGUGGUUUUGGUCUUGGAAGUUUUGCCCAGUGUCUUAAGGUCAUGAACACUGACCUUAACCGAGGUAAGUGAAGCCUGCAGUUCUUUGGAUAUUGAUGUGAGGUCUUUGUGACCUCUUGAAUGGGUCGUAGCCUUGUUCUGGGAGUCAUUUUGGUUGGCCGGUCACUGCCUGGAAGGUUCACCACAGUUCCAUUGUCAGGCAGGUCCUAUUUAAGUGCAUUCAUUCAUUCAUUCAUUUUCUACCGCUUUUUCCUCACAAGGGUCGGGGGUGCUGGAGCCUAUCCCAGCUGUCUUCGGGCGAGAGGCGGGGUACACCCUGGACUGGUCGCCAGCCAAUCACAGGGCACAUAUAGACAAACAACCAUUCACACUCACAUUCAUACCUAUGGACAAUUUGGAGUCGCCAAUUAACCUAGCAUGUUUUUGGAAUGUGGGAGGAAACCAGAGUACCCGGAGAAAACCCACGCAUGCACGGGGAGAACAUGCAAACUCCACACAGAGAUGGCCGAGGGUGGAAUUGAACCCUAGUCUUCUAGCUGUGAGGUCUGUGCGCUAACCACUGGUCCGCCGUGUCACCCCUAUUUAAGUGAUUUCUUGAAAUAAUUAUAAUAAUAAUUAAGCGUGCAAAAUAAUGAAUUAGGAAGGGGGCAAACACUUUUUCACACCGCUGUACUUGUACAACAUCAAACUAUGUAAGUGUUAUGUUUCACCAAAGUUGUUACUGAUUUUUGUCUUUUUGUAUUUAUGGUUAGUUUGCUAACAGAAGUGAACAACAGGGGUCUGACACACUGGAAGCUGUACAUUGUUGACUGUUGCCAUAUUUGAAAAUUAAAUAUUUUUUUCCAUAUAAUUCCAA